AUGGCGUUUGAUGUCUCCGCACAUCUCGACGGCUCCACUCCGCCUGCCAACGCUAAUGAUGCAGCUUGGCUCAAACAUGAUGGUCUUGUGAAGCUUUGGCUUUAUGGCACCAUGUCUCCAACCCUGUUUCGAUCUUCCUUUCAACAAGGAGGUACGGCUCGUGAUCUCUGGUUACGCGUCGAGAACCAGUUCCGAAACAACAGAGAGGCGAGAGCUAUUCAGCUCGAUAACGAACUCCGCACGAUGGAGAUUGGAGACUUGCCGGUUCGUGACUACUGCCAAAAGAUGAAGUCAACUGCUGAUCUUCUCUCCAAUGUUGGCACACCAGUCAACGACAGAAUUCUUGUUAUGUACAUCAUCAAUGGACUUAACGAGAAAUUUGAUAACAUUAUCAACGUUAUCAAACACAAAGAUCCUUUUCCGACUUAUGAUUCUGCAAAAUCUAUGCUUGAAUGGGAGGAGACACGAGUCCAAAAAUCACACCGCGCCACCGCUUCACACACGGCCAACUCCUCAUCCUCCACCGCCCUCACUGUUUCAUCACCACAGCAGCCAUGCCAUACCUCCAAUCGAAAUCGCAAUGGAAAUCAGAGGGGAAAUCGAAGAGGAGGCCGAGGUAACAACAGAGGAGGCCGAGGAAACUUCUCUUACAAUCAAACUCCUUGGGGUUCGACCCCGUUUUGGGCACCCCCACCCCCGCAUUGGCUGCAACAGUACCACACGUGGCCACAGGUUCAGCAACAGCCUUCUGCACCACAGCAACAAGCCCACCUUGUUUAG